AUGUCAUCUGGCCAGAAUUCAACAGCUAAUUCCACUCAAGCCACAAGGGGAAAAUCUGAUAUUGCAUGGGCACAUGUUAUCGAGGGACGAGAUGCCAAUGGGAAGAAGACUUACUCAUGUGGCUUUCAAUUUGAGGGUGAUGAUGUUUAUGUCAAUGUUGAUGAUGAGGACGAUGAGCCCAUGUUUGAUGCCGCAAUUGCCAUUGGUCCAGGAUAUAAGGUCCCCACGUACCAUCAACUUCGAGUUCCUUUAUUGGGAGACUCAAAAAAAGAGCUUCAAUUGUAUAUUGACACUUUGAAGAGUUCGUGGGCUGCUUGCGGAUGUACUAUUAUGGGUGAUGGUUGGACUGAUGCUAGACAAAGAAAUCUAAUAAAUUUUCUUGUCUAUAGCCCUAUGGGAAUUGCUUUUGUGAAAUCAAUUGAUGCCUCUGAUGCUGUCAAAGAUGCUACUCUUCUUUCUAAAUUGUUUCUAGAGGUUAUUGAGUGGGUAGGAGUGUCGAAUGUUGUUCAUAUGGUGACAGAUAAUGUAGCAAAUUAUAAAGCUGCUGGAGGACUUGUAAAUGCUACUUACAAAUCUAUAAAUUGGUCUCCAUGUGCAGCUCAUUGCUUGAACUUAAUCUUAAGUGAAAUUUCCAAGAUGAAUCAUGUGCAUGAGCUUGCUAAUAAGGUAUCAACGGUGACAAGGUACAUAUACAACCGUUCAUGGUUGUUAGCUCGGUUGAGAAAGAAGAAGAGUUGGACUGAAAUUGUGCGCCCAGGAGCAACGCGCUUUGCCACUACUUUCCUUGCAUUGCAUAGUAUUCAUGAGCAUAUGCAUGAUUUGCAAGCUUUGGUGACAAGGAGUUUGCAAGUUCAAGAUUUGCCAAAGAGAAGAAAGGAAAGGAUGCCAUUGAUAUCAUUUUAG